CGAGGCUUUCGUCAUGGGAUAGUCCGCCAUUGUGUCUGUCAUCCGCCAUUGCGUGAAAAAUUACUCAUUCGCACUGCGAAAAAAUUGUUUUCUUUGCAAAAAAAACAUCCCGCUGGGCGUGCGUGAGCGGCGUGUGCACGAAGGAAAGAAGAAGCAAAGAGAGAAAUUACCUGCAGGCGUUUGUGGGCUUUCGUGUGCGUGUGCGUUAAGGAAACAGCCAUCAAGAUAGGCCUGUCGGAGACUGCGGUUAUGGAUAUAAUGGCUUCGAAUCUCCAGCAACAGCGAGCCAUUGUGGACCAGCUGCGCCGUGAGGCCUCCAUGCAGCGUAUUAUGGUGUCCCAGGCGUGCGUGGACAUCGUCAAGUACGUGUCGGAGCACGAGCAGGAGGAUUGCCUCCUUGUGGGCUUCAGCAGUCAGAAGGUCAACCCAUUCCGGGAGAAGAGCUCAUGUGUUGUCCUCUAAGCGAUGGGGCCCGCGUGUGUGCCCCCGUAAAUGCUUCGCUGUUUCACUUUUCAUGCGUAUAAAUCGAUGUCACACUGUGUGUUGUCCUCCUAACAUGGCAGGAGUAGGACCAACAGAGCUCCUGUCCUGGCCCUCUGAGGAGGAACUGCUGAAGAACUGAGCGCCUCCUCAAACAAAAAAUAUAUAAUGUUAUUUAUUCUUCUCUGAAAUUUUCCUAUUUUCACAUAAAAAACACCAAAAGAAAAUAAAUAUUUGUAACACUGUCGGAAAA